AUGCUUGAAGAACACUUUGACCAAGAAAAGUACGACGAAAUUGUUCGACGCUCCACUUUGCCAACUAUUGAGAUAACUCAGUAUGCUCAAGAGCUACUUGAUACUAUCCCAAUAUCAAAGUUGGCUACAGUAUAUAUUAGAGUAGCACUUUACCAAGCUGGCUUCAAACUGUCAUUUAAUCUUGUAUUGAAUCAUGAUACUGGCUUUAUCGAAAUCACAGUUUGUCAUUUGUAA